GCUCUGAGAGGAUCUGCCGUUGAAACAUGCGACUGGUGGCUCUGGUUGUGGUCUGGGCGCUGGUUGUUGGUGAGGAUGGAGGUAGUGUUGGAGGGGCUACGUUUGGACUCGGUUCUGCUCUGAAAACCCGAAGAACAGGUAGUGGUUUCUCCUCAGAGGUGGUCCUCCCACUCCUCAGGAGGAGACCUGGCAGAGACCUCCAGGCCGAGGAGUCCAACCUGUGCUUCUCCCUGAGGGAGAAUGAGGACCAGCGGCAGCUCCUGUGCAACGACCGCCGCAGUCAGUUUAACUACAACCCGUUCGGCCUCCGCUUCGGGAAGCGCCACAACGGCCCUCCUCACAGAAGAGCCAGCAGAGAAGGGAGGAGCAGGAGGUUCUCCCCUCUCUCCCUCCUUUCACGGGAGUUGGAAGUGCCCACAUAA